GAGGCGCGAACCUGUUCGAGGUCCGUGAGACGAGAUGCGAGCCUUCUCUACCAACAAAUCACCGCAUGUCUGCGCCAUGAACAUAUCACUGCACGAUCGAGGUCGAACAUGAGCUCGUCGGCGUCGGCAGGCAGCUCGUCCGCAAACCCCAUACCGGCUCCUCCAUCGACGACGCACCGCCUUACCUCGCUGGCGGAAGUCCUGCACGGCCACACACGAACGACCGGGGACGACGCCAGCACCCACCAGCCCAUCACGCUCAUUAACAGGUGACCACCUUCUUGUUCGAUGCAUACAUCCUUCUCUACAUUCUCUUGUAUAUUUAAUCCUAUAGCAUAAUGUCCGAAACUUCUCAUUCCUCCCUCGCCCGCCUGCCCAGUCCGACGCGGAUCAAGGCUGAACACCACAUUGUCCUCGUGGACCGCACUAUCGCUCGACAAUCCUCAAAUCAACCCUCAGAUGCUGAAGUCAGUGAUAGUGAGGGCUCCAAUGCCACACCGAACCCAGGCUCCCUGUACAAACGCAUGACCAAUACCUCGACCGGCCUCCGACAGACAGCUCGCAAUACAUACAACAAGCAGAAAUACGCAAAGUAUGGACAGGACCGGUAUCAUGUCGAGGAACCCGCGCACGAGCCGAUCGAUGAAACAAAUGCCCCAGUCGUGCCCGAAUCCGUUCAACAAGCGAGCGCGAGGCAGCGGAGUUACCUGGAUCGCGCUCAGUCUACCUUGCAGGCGAAGAGAGAUCAGCUGCUGAAGCGCAAGAAGACACUCGGAAAGAGGGAUGAGCAGGACACGGUCAUUGAUGUUCUGUACGAGAACCAGCGCGGCAUGUUUCUUUUCGGCAUACCAAAGUACUCUUCGGCUUCACUGCUGCCUAGUGAUCCAAAGCCAUGGCAAAACGGACAGUUCCGUACUGCGGCUGUCGAUAUUCGCAAUGCUCAAGUGCCGGAUCCGAGCUGGGAGUGGACGUGGAAGAGCUGGUACGUGGACAUGAGCCGUGACGUGGACGAAGAGGGGUGGGAGUACAGCUUCGCGUUCGUCGGCAAGAAGGGACAAAAGUUUGCAUGGCACGGCAACCAUCCUUGGUUUCACAGUUUCGUGCGUCGAAGGCGCUGGCUGAGGAUGAGGAGGCGAAAGGACACCGUGCACCGUACGCAGGAAAGAGCUCACGAGUUCACAUCGGACUACUUCACCAUCCACCCAAAGACUGUGCGUGAUGAUCGGGAUCGGACAAGCACUCUUGUACAGACCAGGGCAAAGCUCGAGCCCGUUCUCGAUGUCGACAAGAUGGAAGUAUUCACAAUCGCAGAUCUAUUCCUUGCUCUUCGCAAGUCGACUGUAGAUCGGGAGAAGAUUGGUGCUAUCAAGAGAUUCACAGAUGGGGGCGGUGAUGAGCUGUACUACUUGAGCGAGUCAAUGGAGGACAUCAUGAAGAGUCUGUUCUUCCAAUCAUCCCGCCGACAGUUGCUAGAUGACCUGAUCGCGCGACAUGACCAGCUGCGAAAUGAGCAGCAGGAACUUGAGUCUCAUGACCACCAUGACGAAGAUGAGAAGCAGCAGGAACACGAUCGCAAAUCGAGGCAUGCUGCGAAUCUACAUAAAGCCAUACAUGCUGCUGAGCAACAAGUGAAGAAGCUAGAAUACUGGAGCGACAUCAAGAACUUUACCAACACCGAUGCAAAAGAGGAAGCACACGAUGAGCCGCGUUUUAAAAACAAGCAGCGAGCAAGCGAGGGCGCUCCAAAAUUACCGUCACGUACUGUGAGCAGCAACUCGAUCUCCUACGAUGAUCUGGACUCUGCCACGCCCAGCCAGCACAAAGAUGUGUGGUUCGAAACUUCAUCGAGGCUCACGAGGAGCUCAAAGGGUAAAGAAAGCAGUGGGGAUACUACAGAACCCGAUCGCUUCGUGACCGCACCAGAAAAUCCGCCCGAUGGCGAUAAAUCGUCACAAAACACAAACGCUUCCAAAGGCAAAGGCAGAUCACCCGCGGUCGCUCUUGAUGGCGUCGCCGAAGAGAUCGAAGCCGAAGCCGAGGAGGCUCGCGAUGCAGUUGAUGCACAACUGAUCUCUCGGGCUACAGGAUCGAAGCACAAGGGCCAGCGACGCAGUGUGCAAAUUGUCGAACCGAUCGCGAUUGAUAACUCUCUCAACGGCGACCAAUACGACAGCGGAGAGAAAAAGGACCAGCGCGUGGGGUCGCCGAUUGAUAGAGAGGCCGCGAAGACACCUGACAGUGUGAGGAAGUUUAUGGUGGAAAUGCGGAAGCCCAAGAACUGGAUUGACCAGGCUUUUGGGUGAUGGAAACAAGGCUGAAUAGAGACUUUAUCUAUAUACCGGCGGCUCUCAAUUUCUUAUGGGUUCUGCUUAUGGGUACACAGCGACGGCGUUUCAUGUGAGGGAAAAGCGGGCAAAGGCUGGCGAUAUACCCAUUUGCACUUUGGGAAGCAUGGAUGGCGACAGUACAGCAUUGAUGAGAGACAACAUGUUCAUAUGUAUGUCAGUCGAAAAUGAACGCUUUUGGA